GGGCCACCGCGCCUUUCCCGGAUCUGCAGCCGGAUUCCCGGGCUCAGCGGUGGCGCGUCUCCCCAGCGCGUCCCCUCGCGGUGUCCCGGGUCCCAGCACAGCGGCCUGCGGAGAAUGAGCCGCAUCUACCAGGACAGCGCGCUCCGGAACAAGGCGGUGCGGAGCGCACGGCUGAGCACGGCCUGGGAGCCCGCCGCCCACCAGGGGGGGAACGGUGUCCUGCUGGAGGGGGAACUGCUGGACGUGUCUCGGCACAGCAUCUUGGACGCCAAUGGCAGGAAGGAGCGCUACUACGUGCUGUACGUCCGGCCGAGUCUCAUCCAUCGCCGCAAGUUCGACCCCAAGGGGAACGAAAUCGAGCCCAACUUCAGCGCCACCAGGAAGGUGAACACGGGCUUCCUCCUGUCCUCCUACAAGGUGGACGCCAAGGGGGAGACGGACAGACUCACGCCCGAGGCCCUGAAGGAGCUGGUGGACAAGCCUGAGCUGCUGGCCCUGACGGAGAGCCUCGCACCCGCGCACACCGUGGCCUUCUGGAUGCCCGAGUCGGAGAUGGAGGCGCUGGAGCUGGAGCUGGGGGCCGGCGUGCGGCUGAAAACGCGGGGCGAUGGCCCGUUCCUGGAUUCGUUAGCCAAACUCGAGGCUGGAACAGUGACCAAGUGUAAUUUCGCCGGUGACAGACAGACAGGGGCGUCCUGGACGGACAACAUCAUGGCCCGGAAGUCUUCUCAGGCGUCCGCGGCGGAGACCCGCGAGCAGGGGGACGGGGCCGAGGACGCGGAGUGGGACGACUGAAGCUUCUGGGAGAUGCCGCAUCCCUGAGGCUCAACGGUGCUGCUGAGAAUGUCCUCCACCAACCUCCAGUCUAGAGCUCGAGGGGGCAGCCCUCUCGGCCUUGCCUGGUUCUUCCCUCCAGCGCCCUGGAGCACGCUUUGCGACAGCCCUGCUAAGAUCAGAUCCGCAGUGUUAGCCGUGGGGCGCGGUGCUGCGGCUCACAGAGGGUUCCUCCCCGAAUGUGAGUUUGGCCUGCCUAGAUAUUUUCCUGACCGCAGCCACCUCAUUCCUGGAGGCAGGUGGUGGGUGAGGGCCCCAGGGCACUCGGAGGAACUGGGCUUGGUCUCUGUACCAAACUGGGAGAUGUCCCUCACCCAUGUGCAAAGUGGCUCCGAGGAGAAGCUAGCGGCCUCCUUCCUGUCCUCGGGUCUCCGCUUCCCUUGCCCACCCAGCCCUGCCCUGGUGCUCCGUGCUGCGGUCUCUGCUGCCCUGCGCAGUCCUCCUGGUCCCCUGUGCCCUUUUCUCUCCCUGAAGCUGCCUCUGGUUCACCGCCGCCUGGGGGCCUCCCGCCGCCGGACCUCUCUGGCUGCUGUCCCCGCGAUGCUGUGCUCAGGCGCGGCUGGCUGGUCCCCACCUCUCCGACGCACUUGCGCUCAGCCGGGCCUCAUGUUUGAUAACGCCUUUUUCAUUGUUGUUUUGUACCUGGAGACCUUUUUCGUAAACGAGUAAAUCUUCAGAAAAGGACCCCUCUAUACGCACCGGGUUAUUGUCAACAUAAACAGUCUUCUGGCCAAGCAAGAUCCCUGUAAGCAGGAGACCAUUUGUUUUUUUGUCGGGGCGUGUGCCCUCCCCUGGACGUGUGGAGAGAUCUGGAAUGGAAAUGGAGGUGUCCCAAGAACAGGUGGGGGCUUGGUGGCCUGUGGAUCUUGCUUGCCUCGGGGAACAAGGGGUGGGUGGUGGACUAACAACCGUCAAGUCCCCUGAUGUGUCGAGCAUUGUCCUGCGUGCUUCUCACGACAACCACCGACUGUUGGGUGCUUCUGGGUGCUAGCACUUGCGCUGAGAACUGGCAACACCCAACUGAGUCACCACAGCAAUCCCGUGAGGCUUGUGGGAUUAUUGUCCCCGUUUUGGUCCAGACACUGAAGCUCAGAGGCUCCGUCCAAAAUAGGUGGAUAGAGGAGAGAGCCCCAGCAGUCAGAAUUCAAAGUCCACAUUCUUUUUUUUUUAACGUAUUAUUGAUUUUAGAGAGAGAGGAAGGGAGAAAGAGGGAGAGAGAAACGUUUCCUUGUUGUUCCACAUAUUGAUGCAUUUAUUGGUUGUUCCCUGACCAGGGAUCGACUGCGCAACCUUGGUUCACCUGGAGGAUGCUCUCACCUCCCAGCAGGGCUGAAAACCCUUUUUCGGUUGUUACGUAAUCCCUUUCCAUGUGGCUGCCUGGUCUUCAUAACCAUUGUUUUUAAGAUCGACUACCAUUUAGUAGCUGUAUUGUCCCAUUUGGGGGUAAUUAAUUGGUCCUUUUAAUUUAUUUUAUUUUUUUUUAGAGAGAGGAGAAGGGAAGGAGAAAGAGAGGGAGAGAAACAUCAGUGUGCGAGAGAUACAUGGAUCUGUCAGUUGCCUCUCGUUAGCCCCCAGCUGGGGACCUGGCCUGCAACCCAGGCAAGUGCCCUGAGUGGGAAUCUAACCUGCGACACUUUGGUUCGCAGCCCAUGCUCAAUCCACUGAGCUACGCCAGCCAGGGCUCCAUUAUAUUUCAAUAGGUCUCCCUAUGAAGUCAAUUUGUACCAUCACAGUAGGCUUUGAUAGUUGGUAGGUCUAGGUACCCCUAUUCUUAUGUUUUAGAAUUUUCUUUGAUAUUUCUUCUCGACAUUUAAAACAUUUUGUCAAGUUCCCAUGCAUAUUUGCUGCCUCUGGAUUUUUUAAAAUUAAAAAACCCUGGCUAGCCCUGGCCGGGUAGCUCGGUUGGUUAGAGCAUCUUCCCGAUACGCCAAGGUACAGGUUUGAUGUCUGGUCAGGGCACAUACAAGAAGCAACCAAUGAAUGAUAAGGAAGUGGAACGAUAAAUUGACGUUUCUCUCUCGCUCAAAUCAACAAAUAAAAAAUUAAAAAAAAACAGGCUAUAAGAGUAAUACAUGUUUAUUUUAGAAAUUUUUUUAAAAGAAAAAUAAUUCUACUAUCUUUUAAAAAAUCACCUAGGUAGCUCUCAGGUACACCAUGUAUUACUCCAAGUGCUUGCAGGCCCUUUUUGUAUUCAUAACAGCUGCCUGAAUACAUUUUUUUUUCAAGUAGAAAACCCUCAGUUUUACAGCAAAAGGGACUGACAUUAUGACAGUUUUACAAAUGUCAACACUUCCCUGAGACACCCAGGCGGUCAGCAGAGUUGGGGAUUGAAUCAGAGCACUGUGGUUCUAGCUGCCUGUGCUGACACCCUGAUGCCGCCACCCUCCCCCCCACAGGGGUGUAUUCGUGUUUUGGUGUACCUGCUAACAGUUUUUACAAUGUGCGGUGUCCCUGUACAUACUGUGUAACCUUUGCACUUACAGACAUGUCGUGACACAUUGUCCUAUACCGUAAACCUUUCCCUACCUGAAUUUUAACACCUACUUAAUAUUUGUCAGAUGCAUGUGGGUUGAUGCAUCUGAGAACCAAUGUCUCAUUUUGGAAUAAUUUGCUUCCUAUUUUUCCCUGUAAUAACACUCCUGGAAUGUGCAUUCUUA